AUGUCGGGUAGAGGUAAGGCUAGGAAACCUGCUGGAGGUAAGAAGCAUACGAAGUCUGCCAGAGCGGGAUUAGUUAUGCCCGUCGGUCGAGUUCAUCGUUACCUUAAACUGGGCAGGUAUGCCCGUCGCACAUCAACUGCAGCCUCUGUCUACCUCUCUGCGGUUAUCGAAUAUCUUGUUGCUGAGGUGAACGAGCUCUCUGGAAAUGCAGCCAAAGCCAACAAAAGGAAGACCAUAACUCCCCGUCACAUCAUGCUAGGUGUGAGAAAUGACGCGGAAUUGAACGAACUACUAAAAAACGUUCACAUUUCCCAUGGCGGUGUGUUACCUUGCAUUCACCCUUCGCUACUCAAACGCAAACCCUAUUCCGAUUCCCUCAUGGCAACCGCUCACAGUGGAACGGGUGACGCUGUGGUGAAUCCCCUACCUGUCACCAACACAACCGCCGCGUCCUCGUCCUCUGCACGGGUUCUCACCGGCACUGCCGCAGCUGCCGGUACCACCUCCGGUGGAAUAGCCAGCAAUUCCUAA